GGCGGCGGCGGCGACAUGCAGUUCCUCCGAGGCGGCGGCGGCGGCGGGGGAGGAGGGGCGGGAGGGAUGGCGUGGGAGGUCCUGAGAAGGCAUUUCUCGCGGAAGCGGGCGGUGGACGUGCGGCGGAUCAACCCCAAGGUGCCCAAGGAGGAGGCCGUCGCCAUCUCCGGCCGCCUCCUCCAGAUCCUCGCCGACCACGGGCCCCUCACCGUCGGCAACACCUGGAACCACGCCAAGGACGCCGCCAUUGAGGGCCUGAACAGCAAGACCCACAUGAAGAUCCUUCUCAAGUGGAUGUGGGGGAGGCAGAUCAUCAAGCUCUCUUGCACACAGACCGGCAACACCAAGAAGUUCCUCUACUCCCCAUUCACCGCCGAUGGUUCCGAGGCUGCGGCUGAAGAGCCAUCGUCGACAACACCCGAGCAGCAGCAGCCUAGGAAAGGCUGGAAAGGGAAGCACCCGAAGUACAAGGGGCAGGCCAAGAAACAGAAACCUGCUGCCGUGGCUUGACAUUGUUCGCCCGGCUCCUUCAAUUUCAUUUUUUUUAAUUAGUGCAGAAGAGCACCAUUGUCUCGUUGAGAAAACAUUGUGUGUGACUGAAAUUGUGUUGGCGUGCACUGGAUGUAGACUUCAUUGUGCUAGAAUAAUAAUGAUGGUAAUCUAGCUUAUGUAGACUAUGUUCUUUUGAAGGUCUGAUCGAAUUAAAAAGGCCAGUUCCUGAGUUUU